GGAGGCGGCGCGGCCGAGCGUGACGGGGAGGGCGGGAGCGAGCGGAGCCCGCAGCGAGCAGCGCCCGGGCCCGCACCCAGCGCACCAUGGCGGCCGCCGAGCCCAGCACCGGCCGCUACCAGCAGCUGCAGAAUGAAGAGGAGCCGGGCGAGGCCGUGCCGGUGGUGAACGACGCCCCGCCGCCCUACAGCAGCAUCUCUGCAGAGAGCACAGCUUACUUUGACUACAAGGAUGAGUCAGGCUUCCCGAAGCCACCGUCCUACAACGUGGCCACCACCCUGCCCAGCUACGACGAGGCCGAGAGGAGCAAGGCCGAGGCCACCAUUCCCUUGGUUCCUGGCAGGGAUGAUGACUUUGUGACACGGGAUGACUUUGAUGACACUGACCAGCUGAGGAUAGGAAAUGAUGGCAUUUUCAUGCUGACUUUCUUCAUGGCAUUCCUCUUCAACUGGAUUGGAUUUUUCCUGUCUUUCUGUCUGACUACUUCAGCUGCAGGACGAUAUGGGGCCAUUUCUGGCUUUGGUCUCUCUCUUAUUAAGUGGAUCCUUAUUGUCAGGUUCUCCACCUAUUUUCCUGGUUACUUCGAUGGCCAGUACUGGCUUUGGUGGGUCUUCCUUGUACUAGGUUUUCUGCUGUUUCUCAGAGGAUUUAUUAAUUAUGCAAAGGUUAGGAAGAUGCCAGAUACGUUUUCCACUCUUCCCAGGACCAGAGUUCUCUUUAUUUACUAAAGAUGUUUUCUGGCAAAUGUCUUCCUGCAUUAGUGAAAUCCCCCCCAAGAAGCAGCAGGACACCUGCAGGAAGUGAAUCAAGGCUCUGGAGCAGAAGAAAAAAUAAUCACCUGCUUUAAAAUAAAUAAAUAAAAGUACUGUUGGAAAAAGUAAAAAAAAAAGGAGAAGCAUUUAUUUUGAUUUGUUUUUAGGUGUAAAAUUUUAAUAAUUAACGCAGAAUUCUGUAAUUGUUGACUCAUUAGUGGCUAAUGUGUGAAGCAGCUCUUGCAGUGAGUGCUGAUGGAGCUGUUCAGCCGAGUUUGUGGUGUUUGGGCAGCAGGAGCCGUCCCGGGGCCAGCAGGGGCCAGGCUUGCUUUAGUUCCUCCUCCAGCCUGGGAGCUGCCCUGCUCUGCCUGUGCUGGGCUGAGUGUGACACCCUGUGCAGUGACACCCUGUGCAGUGUGUGUGACACCCUGUGCAGAGUGUGACACCCUGCACAGUCUGUGACACCCCGUCCUGGACAGUGUGUGACACCCUGUCCUGCACAGUCUGUGACACCCCGUCCUGGACAGUGUGUGCUCUGUGUCCUGUACAGUCUGUGACACCCCAUCCUGGACAGUCUGUGCUCUGUGUCCUGCACAGCCCAUGUAAGCCCAUGUCCUGUACAGUCCCCAUGUGCCACAUCCUGUCCAGCCUGUGUGCAUCGUGUCCUGUACAACCCAUGGACCUCCAUGUACUCCGUGUGCUGUCCAUCCUGUGUGCUUCAUGUACUCCGUGUGCUGUCCAUCCUGUGUGCUUCAUGUACUCCAUGUGCUGUCCAUCCUGUGUGCUUCAUGUACUCCGUGUCCCAUCCAUCCUGUGUGCUCCAUGUACUCCGUGUCCCAUCCAUCCUGUGUGCUCCAUGUACUCCGUGUCCUGUCUAUCCUGUGUGCUCCAUGUGCUCCGUGUCCCAUCCAUCCUGUGUGCUCCAUGUACUCUGUGUCCUGUCCACCCCUGUACUCUGUAUCCUGUCCCUGUUCAUCCCUGUCUCCCUGUCCUCCAUGUCCUGUCCAUCCCUGUCCCCA